AUGACAGUCACAGUGGUAUAUGAUAACUCUGAGGCAACAGAGCUCUGUGCGGCUCAGCACCUCUACCUCAAGCCCAUAGCAAAAUUGAUGAUCAGUGUAUUGCUCCCAGAAAGUAUGGAUCCUGUGAGGCCCUUCUCUAACUGGGAAGUUCUUGACCAGCUAAAGAGCCUCAUUUGCCCUGACCAGUUCACCACAGUUCGGCUCUCCAAGAGUACAAAAGACUUUAUCCGAUUUGAGGGUGAGGCUGAAACCAGAAGUUUGGUUCAAAUCUUAAAGGCAAAGUUACAUGGAAAGAUCAUCAAGCUAAAUGGUUUGAAAACAGACUUAAAAGUAGUGGCUACAGAUGCUUUGGGAGAGUGGGAACACUUCCCCAGGGAAAAAGAAGCUUCACUGAGUGAUGGGGCUGAAGAGCAGGACCACGAUAAGAGCCCAGAUUCCAUAUAUUUUGAAGGCUUGCCCUGUAAAUGGUUUGCACCAAAAGGUUCCAGUGGGGAGAAGCCAUGUGAAGAGAUUGUUCGGGUAGUCUUUGAAAGUUUCGGGAAGAUCAAGAAUGUGGAUAUCCCUAUGCUUGACCCCUACAGAGAAGUGAUGACUGGUGGGAGCUUUGGGGGGUUUAGCUUUGGCUUGCAGACAUUUGAGGCCUUUAUACAGUACCAGGAGUCAACGGACUUUAUUAAAGCCAUGGAGUCCCUUCGAGGGAUGAAGCUGAUGCUUAAAGGUGAUGAUGGGAAAGCUCUGGCAUGUAACAUUAAGGUUAUGUUUGACACAACCAAACACUUCAGUGAAGGAGCUGUAAAGAGGAGAAAUCAGGAAAGGCUAAAAUUACAAGAACUGGAGGAAGAAAGGAAAAAAGAAAAGAGAAGAGAAGAGGAAGUGGCUGAAAGAAAAAGAAAAGAUGAGGAGAGGAGAGCCCACGAAAAGAGGAAGAAGGCCAGGACCAGGAGGCGAGCCCUGAAGGAGAGGGACAGCCACAGGUCAAGGAAGCAGAAAGUGAAGGCCAAAGCUGAGGCACCUGAGGAGCCAGACUCUUCAGAAGAAUGGCAGGAGAGGAAGCACAUGCUGGCUCAGAGGAGAGUUGAGGCCCUUCGAUUGCUACGGGUACUCCUGAGGAAAAUCUCGGGAUCUACACAAUUUAACCCACAGGAGGUUGACAUUACAGGACCCGAAGCUAUUUAUACUCUAGGGAACACAUUGGAAAUUCUGGAGGAAGAAGAAUUCAACACUCAGCAUCUUCCAAAUCAAGAAGAAAUGCCAAAAUACCAGGUUGCCAAGUCAGAUAAUAAACAAACACAAAAAAUAAAGAAACGAAAUAGGGUUCGCUUACAUCAAUUUUCUCACUGCCUUCGGGGAAAAAAGUUAAGAUACUCAAUUAGAAAAGAGAGGACUGCAAAAUUAUUAACUGAUGGAUACAGACUGGUCUCUGGCCAGAAUUCCUUGAAAACUACAAUGAUCCAAGGUCAGUCUCUUGAAAAAGAAGACCACCACAGUUCUAAUAAAUCCUAUUCUUCAAGAUUCUCUGAGAGAGACCAUGGCAGGAAAGAGAAGAUCUAUGAAACAGAUGAAUUUAUUAACUAUAUAUUAAACUAUUAUCAGACUCCAAAAUAUGCCCGUAUCUGUCUACAACCAAGUCACACAACAAGCACAUAUCAGUGGCACAGGGACGUUCAUGCUAAGGGAAAUGGAUUUGAGAUCAAUUUGAGAAAACGUAUGCCUGACUCAAUCAUUUGGAGUCAAAUCGAAAACAUGGAAAGGAGAGAACAGGUUCAGGAAGAUGAUUACUGCUCAAAGGUAUGUACUCAGGAUCCUCAGGAUAAACCACAAAAUGGGGGGAAAGUAGAUUAUACCAAAGAGUGCUCUAAGAGAUUUAAAAAUGAUUGCAAGGAUACAGCCAGUGAGACUGGUGAUCAGCUGUCCCCAACUGAUGGUAAAAGCCAUCUCUUAGAAAAGACUCACACUGACCAGGUCCAAGAUUCCAAAUCCCAAAGGAAAAGUCAAGAUUCUUCCCCCUCCAGCUCAGUAGGCUUAGAUGUGCAUUUGACAGAUUUCUUAGAGGAAAUUAGUAGUGAUUCUGAAUGCUUCAGUGAAACUCUUAGCAUAAACGAACAGGAGAAACAGAAAUCUGUGACCACAUAUCAUGGUUCUCCUGAAAAAGGAACUCUUGAUGCAGAUGAAAUCAUUACCUGUGAAAAAAAAACUAGGUCAAGUCAGCAGACUUCAUAUUCAGAGUGGAAACGUGAUGGUGAGGAAAAAUACUCCAAAUACAAGCUUAAGACACCAGGCAAGAGGUCUAGGAAUGAACCGAGAUGUUCAUGGCUUAAGGAUGAAAGCAAUUCCGUUAAUGAUGAGAAGAAUAGCAGCAAAAAGAGGAGAAAAAUGGCCCCCAACUACUUGUUUGAUGAAGGCUACUACCACGAAUCCAGUUCCAGUGAUCAAUUAGAGGACAUCACAAAGAAGAGGAGGGUUAGUAGGGGUGCACUGGACCAGAAUUUGAACUAUAGAACCUCUCAUGUGCCAAUAACAUCAAAAAGUGCUAAUGCUUUCUAUUUGGGAUAUUUUCCCAAAAGAAGAAUGAGUCCUUGGAAGGCAGACUAUAACCAGGAUGCAAGAAGGCUUAAAAGACAUGAGAAUUCUAAAGAUCUCAUUUUCAGUUCUGAUAAUCAUCAUGUUAGACAUAAUAGUCAGGAGCACAUUGACUAUGGAAGCUAUUUAGCAAACAACUACACUAGUUCUUUAUAUUUUCAAAUGUUCUGA